ACAUGCAAUUAACAUAGUUUUUUUUUAAAACACUAAUAUUUAAUAAACCAAAUAUUUUGUUGAAAAUAAAUCAUACAUAGGCAGGAAAUAGUAAAAUAUCGUAAUCAAUAAAUAUGUUUACUAAAAAGGUAUGAAAUCAACUUAUGUUUUUUUUGGCAAAGAAAUCAACUUAUGCAUUUGAAAAAAUAUCAAUGAUAUGAAUGUUAAAAUAAACUAUUGUUAUUAAGUUAUAUAAUACACAAAUAAUAUGUGAAAAGGAGAGGAAACCUUAACAAAAAUUAGGGUUUCAUAUCUCAAACGACUGGGCGAUGAAAGCUGCGAGAUUGGGAAUUGAAGAGGUAACAUGUUCUGAUACGAUCAGUCACCUACCUGAUGACUUGCUCUUUCGAAUCCUCUCAUUGGUUCCGGUAAGAAUCGCAUUGUCCACAAGCUUAUUGUCUAAACGAUGGAACUAUGUGCGGAAGAUGAUGCCAACGCUUGUGUAUGACGAAACAUGUCCCUACAAUGGUUCCCUUGGAUUUGACCAAUUUUGUCGCAUGUCCUUGCCAUUACACGAAGCUCCUGUUCUCAAAACCCUAAACAUCAAACUUGGGGAAUACUCUGAUUCCAUAGAUAUUCUCUUAUUCCCAAACAUCCGUUCCAUUCUCCUAGAGAUCAUAAUCACUUUGAAUUAUCAUCAGGUUUUUUACUCUCCCAUCAGAUUCCCAAAUAACCUCAAAGUCUUCAAAACACUCCUUGUCUUGAAACUCGAAGGCAGGAUUGCUGUGGACGUUGUAGACUCUCCUGUUUGUUUCCCUUCCCUGAAAAUUUUGCACCUCACACGUGUGAGGUUUCAGUACAAAGAAGAAUCUUUCAAAAGAGUUUUAUCGGCUUGUCCUGUUCUUGAAGAUCUCUACCUCCAAAGACUUUGCAGUCAUGGCCGUUUUGUGUUCACUAUAUCAGUCCCUACUCUACAGAGAUUAUCCAUUGAUACAGAAUCUGUAUAUCAUUGUUACGAUGAUCUAAGAUUCGAGAUAAACACUCCUUCUUUGAACAACUUAAAGAUCAACGAUCGUGGAGGUUGUUUUAAUUUUGUUGAGGAUAUGCCUAAGCUGGUGGAGGCAAAUAUUUCUUUGCUUGAGUCAGAAACAGGGAAGCUCAUGAAAGUUCUAACUUAUUUCCGCGCACUUCAGCAUCUUUCCUUAAGGUUAUCCCCUUCAAUAUUGGCUUCACAUCUUAAGGGUACAUUAAUCUCCAAACGGAUUCUUCAUCUGGAACUACAUAUUUACGAUACAAUUCAGUUGAGUCUGCUUACGCAUUUGCUUGAAGAGUAUCCUAAGCUACGAUCUCUCAAGCUCAACCAGAAUCAUUGGUUUCCUAAGAGAGGUAUCGAGGAUCAACCGAGAUCUGUUCCUGAAUGCUUGAGCUUCCAUUUGGAAACUCUUGAAUGGAUAGGCUAUGCAGGAACACUGGAAGAGAAUGAAGUCGCCACUUAUAUUCUGAAAAACGCUCAUUGUUUGAAAACUGCUACGAUCUCUCUAUAUUUAACGGACACGGAGAAGCGUAUGCUGAUAGAAAAGGAGUUGAGAUCUAUGACUAAAGGUUCAUGUCAGCUUGUAAUUUUGUUACUGGAUUAUUAGCGUUUUAUAUUAUAUUAUAAGGUUUGAAACAGAGGAGUUUAUGAAUCCUAAGAAAAUAUCAAAAAGCUAUUAUAGCUUGCUAGCUCCUUAUAAUUGCUCAGAAAUUUUUUUUUUUUGGGCAACGCUCAGAAAAUCUUAAUGCUCAAGAAAGAUAACUAUAUCUCAAACUACAUUGUUGGCAACUAAUUCUGAGCUUAAUCGAACAUUUUCUAACCUACAAAAUUCUCAAACUCAACUAGGUAAAUCAGAAUGGCAUGCUGCUACGUACCUAACUCUGGUGCCUUUAUCAUGAAUGUUUGAUCCAUCAUCCAUCUUAAAACUCUUCAGUGGUUAGGCUAGGCAGGAACACAAGAUUUCAAACUCAUUGCCAUUUGUUUUUAAUUUUUUUGUCAUCAAAAGCUUCAUUCCAAAUUCAUAUUGUUCCAUACAUGCGCUUCAUGAGCUGACCUCAAGGGGAACUUAACCUCUACUAAAGAGCAGUCUUCUUCAACUGAUCGGGCCACUUUAGCAAAAGUAUCCGCACGAAUAUUCAAAGAUUGGUGAAUAAAACUAAGUGAGAAAGUAUCAAAGGAAGAACGUAUUGAGCCAAUUUGAUCCCGUUCAGGAUCCAAGGCAGGCCAAGGUUUGACGUGCUGGAUAAUGUACACCACCUGUAGGCAAUCAGACUCAAAACUGACUUGUUGGAGACUUCGGUUGCUUAUUUCCUUCAUUUCCCAGUAUAUGCUCUCCGCUUCCGCAUGAAGUGGAGAUUUCAGCUGUUGGCAUUUUCUUUGUCCGGUGAUCACCUCUUUAACAAGCUCCAACA